AUGAAGUUCACUGCCGUUGUCUUCCUUGCCGCUGGCGCCAUGGCCGCCAUUGCCCCCGAGCCCGUUGAGUCCGUCGUUGAGUCCGGCGUCACCUCCGCCGCUCCCGUCGAGAGCGAGGCCGUCACCAGCGCCAAGAAGUGGACCACCUCCACUGUCUACGCGACCACCGUUCUGACCAUCACCGACUGCGAGGACACCGUCACCGACUGCCCCGGAGACGCCACCAAGGUCGUUACUGAGACCGUCGCCGUCUCCACCACCGUCUGCCCCGCUGAGGAGGGUGAGGACGAGCCCACCACUCUCAUCCCCGCCCCCACUGGUGGCGUCGAGGAGCCCGAGCCCGAGGAGCCUGAGGAGCCCGAGACCACCGAGGACUCUUCUCCCGAGCAGCCCGAGCCCACUGAGGCUCCUGAGCCCGAGUGCCCCGUCACCAAGGUCAAGACCAUCACCACCAGCUACACUACCGUCAUCCCCACCGUCAUCAUCGAGACCGUCGUUGAGGACUGCCCCGCCCCUACCGGCGGUAUUGAGCACCCCGUCCCUACUGGCUCCGUUCCCGGAAACGGCACCUCCCCCGGUGGUCCUUCUCCCCCCAUCACCGCCGGUGCCGCUUCCAUGGCCGGCUCCAUCUUCUUCGCCGCUGCUGCCGGUAUUGCCGCCUACGCUUUCGCGUAA